AUGCCCGAGAAGGAGGCCGAGGCGUCUGCAAUCGCUGCGAACAAGAAGAGAGCGGUUAAGACGAUGGUCAUCGUUGUUCUGCUCUUCACCGUUUGCUGGUCACCUUUCCACAUGAUCUUCGAAUACUACGACUCGGAGAACAAAUACGACGACGCGACGCUCAACACGAUCGUCGCCGUCGUGCGGGCCGUCGGCUUGCUCAACAGCUUCGACGACGCCGUCGUGUACGCCUUCACGAACGGGAACUUCAAGAAGAGCUGCGUCUCGGCGCUCUCGAAGCGCACGCGGCGGCCCGCCCGUGCGCAAACCAGAGAGGCCUUCUCGGAGUCGGAGUCGGACUCGGGCGACGGCUCAAAGCGGCGCGCGGCCGACCGAGGCGGGGAGGUCGGGAAAAGCUCUCCAUCGUUCAAACCGAGCUCGCCGCAAACUGCGACUCUCGCAGAGGAUCCGACCCAUUCGAUCAGAUUGGGACAAGGAUCUAAACCUUUUGAAACCCUCGCUGAUUUGGACUGUAUAGAAUACAAAUGA